UAUGCGACGGUUCCGUCCACGCCAGCUGUGGGGAGGGCGUCGCUGUUCUGUGGCCACCUCCAGUGAAGCUCUUCCAAGAAGAGCAGAGAGACGGCUACCGCUCAGCCCCGCGCCUUUGAAGGAGCCGUGAGCCACCCGACGCCCGGGGAGUGGGAAAGUCAGCCGCGGUCACACCUCCCGGGUCAGGGGAGAGGUGGCAGUCGGCCGAGCCGGCGGGACCCGCCUGCGUCGCUGCCGGUCCCGGCCUCGCUCCGUGCACAGGGUCCCAUGAUGGCGGCGGCGUGGAGGGACCCUGCGCGGGUAUCUGUGACCUUCGAUGAUGUGGCCGUGACUUUUACCCAGGAGGAGUGGGGGCAGCUGGACCCGGCCCAGAGGACCCUGUACCAGGAGGUGAUGCUGGAAAACUGUGGACUUCUGGUGUCUCUGGGUAAGUCCUCCCCACUCCACCAUGGGGACACCUGCUGCCUCCUUGUCAGAGCACCCUCUGGCUCCAGGCCUGGCUGGUCAAGAAGACUUCUGGAGCCCUCCCCGUGUCCCUCCUCCCUGCAGCUUCAGCCGUUUUCUAGAUUAAUCUCUUUGGACCUGCUGUCCUGUGUCUGUUUGGGCAAGAAACAGUUCCUCUUUGGCUCCUAGAAAACCGUGGAAGGAAAAGGGGGUGUUCUGCAGAACCCAGAGGGAGGAUUUCCAGCUGGUGCCGUGAGGCUCUGGUAGAGGAACUGGGAACCACCACGAUGAUGCCGUGGCUUCUGGUCUCUUGUCCUGGCUUCUCUCCCUGGCUCUCUCUGCUCAUGUCUCUGUAUGCAGGAAGGUUUUUUCCUGCCUCAUCAA